AACAAAUUUUUGAUCCAGAAAACUAGUAUUUUUUUUAUUUGGCCUAAUUUUUUUUUAUAUCUACGAUGUGAUUAUCUGUAUCUCAAGAUUAUUUGAUUACCGGCAAAUUUUGAUUUUUUAAAUUUCAAGUGGAUUAAAUUAUUUUUCGUACACAAACACCGAUAGAAACAAUGGAAGAAUUUAUUGGCCUAUCUACAGAUGAAAGUCUCAUGUCAAAUAAUUCAAGUCUCAGUGGUGGUGGUGGUGGUGUCGGUAUUGGUAUCGUUGGUGUUAAUGAUGAUCGUAAUAUGAAUACAGUAUUUAUGCGUUUUGCUGAAUUGGAAAAAAAAUUAUCAGAUCAAAGUGAUGAAAUUGUUUGUCUAAAAAGUACAUUGGCCGAUGUAUUACGACGAUUAAAUCAACUUGAAGGACGUGCCAUUGUAACAACAUCAUAUCAUCAUCUAUCACCAUCUUCUAGUCAUCAUCAUCAUCAAAAUAGUAAUGGAAAAAAUGUAUAUAAUAAUCGUGGUAGCACAAUAUAUUCAAAUAAAAUUCAUGGCAGAAAUUUAUCAACAUUAUCCAAUGGAAGUGUCCAGAAUAAUAAUAAUAAUAAUAAUGAACAAAUAUCAUCGCUAUAUCCAUCUAAUAAUCAUCGCCGCUAUCUUUCAUCUACCUCAUUACAAUAUGAUAUGACAACGCCGGCAGCAUCACCACAAUCGAAUCAUCAUCAUCAUCAUAAUAACAAUCAUAAUUAUCGUUCAAUAUCAUCAAUGAAUCAUUCAAAAUCAUUAAUGAGAAUGAAUUCUGGUUCAAAUCUAAAAUCAAUGAAACGUUGGUCAGCAAGUCAAGAUAUUCGUUUUUCAUCCAUCGUUGAUCCAAAUGUCAACAAUCUAAAAGAUUUCCAUUACAAUCAAGUGGAAGGAGUAAUCAAAUUCAAUAUUUGUGAUCGACAAAUCAUAAUCAAUAUACCAACGGAUCUAUUGCAAACAUAUACGAUUAAAAAUGUAACCAGUCCACCGUUACAACGAUUAAAACUUGAAUGGGCUUAUGGUUAUAGAGGACGUGAUUGUCGACAUAAUCUAUAUCUAUUACCAACUGGUGAAAUUGUCUAUUUUAUUGCAGCUGUUGUCGUACUUUAUAAUAUUGACGAUCAAAUUCAACGUCAUUAUAAUGGACAUACAAGUGAAAUACGUUGUUUAACUAUACAUCCAAAUAAAUUAUUAAUUGCCACUGGCCAGAAUGUCAAUCAAGAUAGUCGAUUUGAAAAAAGGCCACAUGUUCGAAUAUGGGAUUCAGUUAGUUUGAAUACAUUGCAUAUUUUAGGACAGAAUGGUGAAUUUGAUCGUGGUGGUAUUAGUUGUAUAUCAUUUUCAAAAUUUGAUGGCGGCAAUUUAUUGUGUGUUGUUGAUGAAUCCAAUGAUCAUAUGGUUUCGUUAUGGGAAUGGCAUAAAGGAUUGAAUGGUCAUAAAAUUUCUGAAGCAAAAUCAACAUGUGAUGCUGUAUUGGCUGCAGAAUUUCAUCCAAUUGAAAAAAAUAUAUUAAUCACAAUUGGUAAAGGUCAUAUUCAUUUUUGGGAUAUUGAAGGUGGUUCAUUGGCGAAAAAAAUUGGAUCGUUUGAGAAACAAGAUAAACCAAAAUAUAUUCUUUGUAUGACAUUCAAUGAUGUUGGUGAAUUGUUAACCGGUGAUUCUAAUGGCAAUAUUAUCGUGUGGCAUCAAAAUUCUGGCAGAAUGAUACGAACAAUUUUCAAUGCACAUGAUGGAUCGAUAUUUGAUAUCUGUACAUUAAAAGAUGGUACAAUUGUAACCGGUGGUGGUAAAGAUAAGAAAAUUAUUGAAUGGAAUGCAAAUAUGAAUCGUACCGGUAGAGAAGCAAAGCUUCCCGAUCAAUAUGGUGGUGUACGAACAUUGACCACUGGUAAAGGAUCAAUGUUGAUUGUUGGAACGACAAAAAAUUGUAUUUUACAAGGAACAAUGUCAUUGAAUUUUUCAUUGGUUAUUCAGGUAAAAUCCAAUUUCAUUAUUCAAAACGAUGUGAUUAAAUUUUUUUUUUUUUUUUUCUUGAAAAUAAAACAGGGUCAUACUGAAGAGCUUUGUGCACUUGCCAUACAUCCAACACAGAAUCAAUUUAUAACCGGUGGUUAUGAUAAAAAUAUUCAUCUUUGGGAUACAAUGUCACAUUUGGUUGUAUGGAGUAAAGAUAUUGGUGAAUCGGUGCAUGCAUCAUCAUUUUCACCUGAUGGUAGUAUUAUAAUCAUCAGUACAAUGACCGUUGGACGUUGGAUGGUAUUGGAUUCGACGACCAGACAAUUGAUUUCCAUGCAUAAUGAUGGAUCGGAUUUAAUUGAAUGUAUAAAAUUCUCACCAAAUGGACGUUAUGUUGCACUUGGAUCACGUGAUAAUAAUAUCUAUGUUUAUCAAGUUAGUGAUGAAUAUCGUAAAUUUAAUCGAAUUGGCCGUUGUUCCGGCCAUACAUCUUAUGUAAUCAGUAUAGAUUGGGAUACAUCCAACACGUAUAUACAAACAACAUCGAUUCUAUUUGAACAUUUAUUCUGGAAUGCAUCCAUUUGUCGACAAUUGAAUAAUGUAUCAAUUGCACGUGAUUUAGAAUUUGUUACACAUAAUUCAAUGAUUGGUUUCAAUGUAUUUGGUGUUUGGCCUGAUAAUUUUGAUAAUGGUGGUCCAUUCAUUAGCACGAUGGAUCGAUCACAUAAUUGUAAAUUAUUACUAACUGGUGAUGAUGUUGGCCGUUUGAAUCUAUUCACAUAUCCAUCAUGUCAACCAAAAUGUUUACAUCAUUCAUAUGUUGGACAUACUAGUACAGUACCGAAUGCAAGAUUUUUAGCAGAUGAUAGCCGUAUCAUAUCGAUUGGUGGUAAAGAUUCAAGUAUUUUACAAUGGUCGGUUACAUAAUCAUCAUGAUCAAUAAUAAUGAACAAAACAAAUCAGUUUCAUUUUCA